CUAACGACCGGGCACGAGCAAGCAAGAAGAUGGACGCAUACAUGGAAGAUGAACCCGUCGACGAGGCUGUUUGCCUCUGGUACUCUGACAUCGGGCAGCGGAUCCCUGCACUACGUCAGAUGCUAGGGCAGAUGGGAUACCCGAGCGCUACCCGUACACUCCUGGGAUGGCUCCACAGCUACUUUGAGCAGUGCGACAACUUUCCCCCCGGCAAAUUCCCCAAUCAGGAUUACGUCAAGAUGCUCGUCCAGGAGUUUGUCUUCUAUAGAGCUGUGGAGAAGAAUCUACAGAAAAUGACAUCGAUCCAAGAGCUCCAACUCCUUGAAGAACUCUGCCGCUACUUGCAGGACAACUCCAAACUGGCCACCCUCCACAACAUCUUUGACGGUCUCUUCGGUAACAGCGGCCAUCCGCUGAAGGAAGUUGAUGAGCAGAGACGCUUGGCCAUGACGCGGCUGGUCUCCAUGGCGAUUAGUAUCGGCUGCAAGGCCGUCCUCGAUUGUGUAGCUGUUUGGAUGUAUAACCAGGAUUGUUCAUCACAUAGUAUCAACCUAGUGGAUUCCAUCAUGACGGAUUUCUGUGACCUGGUCACGGGUGUACAGGGGACCAUCCAGAGGGUUGCCCAGACCUCACCUACGUUCACCCAUCACCUCCUAACCUCUCUCAUGUCACACUACAACACCUAUCAAAGUACAUCACAGCCAAUCAAACUCAUCCCCCCUGCCCAGUUGGAUGUGAUUACUGAUUGGAUCAUUGAACACCCGACCGUGUGUCUCCGCCACGCCCUCACAGGCAAGCCCCCAUCCCGCAUUCCAUCCUUCUACAUCCACGCCUCCUACAAGGCGUCGUCCCACGACCCCUCCAGCUCCGGUCCCGUCCCAGGCCUGCUCUGGCAGAGCAUCCUCUCCCCUCUCAUCCUGGAUGCUAACCGAUCCCAGAUACAGAGGGCGCUCAAUAAACGCUUCUCCCUGCACGACUACUCCCUGCUCUUCUCCAAGCUCCAUCUGGGCAUCCUGCAAGCCUUCGUGACGACGUCGACGUCAGAUGCGAAGUCGACUUCCUCCAAGGGGAAAUCAUCGAGGGCUGUUGCCCUGACUCUUACAGACAUUGAGAGCGUGGUCAUGUUGACUGUCCACACCAUCCAGGAUAAUAAGAUCAGUGGGGAUGCUGUCAAGACAGCGGUAGAAAGGAUAGCACAAUUGCUUCAGGUAUCCAUGGCAACGGGAAUGCUGAAUACAACUAAAGAGAAAGUCAUUCCACUCUGCAAGGAGCUGCCUUCCAACGAUCUCCUGACACUUAUCCUCCAAGAGAAACUCCCGUCAUGACAGCUGUCCGGCCUCCAAGUAUUAUCUGAACUGAAUUUACACUGGUAAUGCAAGUCCUCAUUGAACAUUUAGAGAAUCUUUAUGCAGGAGCCCAGUGUUGAAAUUUCGUCUAUGUGUCCCAGGUACCUGUCGGUGUCAAGUUCUGGGGAAUGCAAUUGGGUUGAUGUUGCAAGAGGGCAUUACAGAGAGGAAAGUACGUUAUUUUGGUCAUGUAAUCAGCAAAGAGGGCAGUACAGUCAAACCUGCUUUAGUGACCACCUGUUUAGAAAGACCAC